GUUGCUCUCGCGCUCUUCCGUGGAAUUCAGUUCGAUCAGAUUACAGGUUUUGUUACCCGAAAACUAAGAUUAGAGUUUCCAAGAUGACGACCAUGGAGAGCUUGAUCGGUCUCGUUAACAGAAUCCAGAGGGCUUGUACUGUACUCGGUGACUACGGCGGCGAUGACAACACGUUUUCAUCGCUGUGGGAAGCUCUUCCUUCCGUCGCCGUUGUUGGAGGACAGAGUUCUGGGAAAUCUUCAGUCCUGGAGAGCAUAGUUGGGCGUGAUUUUCUUCCUCGGGGGUCUGGAAUCGUGACCAGACGACCAUUGGUCUUGCAACUGCACAAGACAGAUGAGGGGCAACCUGAGUAUGCUGAGUUUCUUCAUUUGCCAAAGACUAGAUUCACAGACUUCGAUGCAGUACGCAGAGAAAUUGAGGAAGAAACUAAUAGGAUCACUGGAAGGACAAAGCAGAUUUCUCCUAUUCCUAUCCAUCUCAGUAUCUAUUCCCCAAAUGUUGUUAACCUAACACUGAUAGAUUUACCUGGUUUGACAAAGGUUGCCAUAGAAGGACAGCCGGAUAGUAUUGUUCAAGACAUUGAAAACAUGGUUCGCUCUUAUGUUGAGAAGCCUAACAGCAUCAUCCUUGCAAUCUCUCCAGCAAAUCAAGAUAUAGCAACAUCUGAUGCAAUUAAACUUUCUAGAGAAGUUGACCCGACAGGUGAGAGAACUUUUGGGGUGUUGACAAAGCUAGAUUUGAUGGACAAGGGAACAAAUGCAUUGGAUGUUCUUGAGGGAAGAGCUUAUCGGUUGCAACAUCCUUGGGUUGGAGUUGUGAACCGUUCACAAGCUGACAUUAAUAAAAAUGUUGACAUGAUUGCUUCAAGGCGUAGGGAGCGUGAAUAUUUUGCCUCAAGUCCAGACUAUGGACACUUGACCAGUAAAAUGGGUUCUGAAUAUCUUGCCAAGCUUCUCUCAAUGGACUUGGAAUCUGUAAUAAGGGCACGUAUACCAAGCAUUAUAUCAUUGAUAAACAAAACCAUUGAUGAACUUGAGUCGGAGAUGGAUCAUCUUGGUAGGCCUAUUGCUAUUGAUGCAGGGGCUCAGUUAUAUGCUAUCUUAGGACUCUGCCGAGCAUUUGAUCGUAUAUUCAAGGAGCAUCUAGACGGAGGGCGACCUGGAGGUGAUCGGGUAUAUGGAGUUUUUGACAACCAGCUUCCUGCUGCCUUAAAAAAGCUUCCAUUUGAUCGAUACCUAUCCCUGCACAAUGUAAAGAAGGUGGUUUCAGAAGCAGAUGGUUACCAACCUCAUUUGAUUGCUCCUGAACAGGGUUAUCGUCGCCUCAUUGAGGGAUCUCUUCAAUACUUUAGAGGCCCUGCUGAAGCGUCAGUUGAUGCUGUCCACUACAUCUUAAAGGAACUUGUGAGGAAGUCAAUAGGAGAAACUGAGGAGUUGAAGCGUUUCCCAACCCUUCAAUCCGAAUUAGCAACUGCUGCAAAUGAAGCCUUGGAGAGGUUCCGGGAUGAGAGUAAGAAGACAACCCUACGAUUGGUGGAUAUGGAGGCAUCAUACCUGACUGUUGAUUUCUUCCGGAAGCUUCCACAAGAGAUGGAGAAAGGAGGGAACCCUGCAGCUUCAAAUAUGGAUCGAUAUUCAGAGGCUCACUUCAGGAGGAUAGGAUCAAAUGUCUCCUCAUACAUUAAUAUGGUGUCUGAGACAUUGAAGAACUCCAUUCCAAAGGCAGUGGUUUAUUGUCAAGUUCGGGAGGCAAAGCAGUCUUUACUGAAUCACUUCUAUACACAAGUGGGGAAGGAGGGGAGGCCACUUUUGCAAUUGUUGGAUGAGGACCCAGCUUUGAUGGAGAAGAGGCAGCAAUGUGCCAAGAGACUUGAAUUGUACAAGGCAGCUAGGGAUGAGGUUGAUUCGGUGUCAUGGGCUCGAUGAUAUGGAUAUAUGAUGUUGAUAUGUGCCUUAAACUCAGUUAUACAGUCUGCGGCAGUUCAUGUGUUAUAUCUCAUGUACCACAGGUUGCAGAUAUUUUGAUUUACUCGUGGCAUGUUCGAUUCUGAUUCCUUUUACUUGUAAAUUUCAGGGAUGUAUU